UUUAAAUUUUUAUUCUGCGAUUUAUACACGCAAAUUGCUCAGAUAUAUUUGAUUAAAAUUAAGUGAACUUGUUCUAUAUAUUUUUUUGUAUCUCUUUACGUUGAUAACACUGAAGUGAGUUCAAUGGGCGAGUUAGCAGCAGACUGCUAAUUGUUAGCGUAGUUUUGUGUAAGUGACAGAGAUCGUUUUAACAUUUCAAAGUUUUACUCACUGCGCUCUGUCUAGCAAACUAAUCAUGAGAGCGAUGAAAGAGAAGGGUACUGAAAUAAAAGAGAUAAAGGACAAUAAAGACCUCAUUUGUGAUCUUUGUAAGCGGUCCGACAACAGUCCAAAAAAGUAUGGGGAGAAGAUCACGCUCGAACAGCACAACCUGACUGUCCACUAUUUCUGUUUGCUGGUGUCUAGUGGAGUAUUUCAGAGAGGAGAAGAAGAUGAAGGAAUACUUGGUUUCCUUGUGGAUGACAUCAAGACGGAGAUUCGCAGAUCUUCGAGGCUGAAAUGCACACACUGCAAAAAAAAAGGUGCUUCAGUGGGAUGCUACAUCAAAAGCUGCAGACAAGUGGUCCACCUUCCAUGUGGAAUCGAGCAGGAGUUUAUUUUCCAGUUCACUGACUCUUUUCCGUCUUAUUGCAAAAAACAUGCGCCUACGCAGACUUGUGCCUCCAGCCCCAGUCUGCCACUGUCCUGCUCUGUGUGUCUGGAGCCCAUUGAACCCAUUCUCUCCUUUAAUGUGCUCAAGUGUCCUGCAUGUCAUGGAAGCUGGUUUCACAGGGACUGUGUCCAGCAAAAUGCAUAUAGUGCUGCCAUGUUUUUCUUCAAAUGCACACUCUGCAAUAACAAGGACCAGUUCCAGCAAGAAAUGCUUAGAAUGGGAAUAUAUAUACCAGAGAGGGAUGCAUCAUGGGAGCUAGAGGAAAAUGCUUUUGGAGAAUUACUGCAGGUGUACCAGCACUGUGAUGCUGCAAAGUGUCGCUUUUCUGGAGGUCGUACUCAGGGCUCACAGUCAGGGCUUUUUGAAAUCAUUCUUUGUAAGUUCUGUGGAUCCAGCGGAACUCAUCGAAAGUGCUCCAACCUGAGGCUUUACGAUACCGACUGGAGCUGUGCUGACUGUAAAGCUGCUGUUGAAGGGAAAAAGUCGGUGCCUUUGUCAGACUAUGUUGCUUCACCACUGGCCAAAAUACAAGAGAGGAAGAGGCUGUUGCAAAGUAUCUCAGACCUUCACUCAUCACUAAUCACUAAAAGGCAGUGUGUGUCAGCCACUUCUCCACAGAUCUUAAUGGAUCUGGCCUAUCAGAUAUCACAGCAGCAGUCCACAGAGGUGCUAGUGGGAGUUGAUGAUGAUAACGAGGUGCUGGAAGCAGCUCUGCGGGUUCUGCGGCAAAAUGACUUUAAUCCCUGCUACACUCUUUCUGUGAAAUUCUCCAAAGACAAACUGAACAGCAAAGUUAGGAAUCAGCAUCUAUUCCUAAAACGUCUUAUUCAGAACUUGCAGAUGUCAGAAAUCUUUGAGGGGCCUGAUGGUGCUAAAAACCUGGUUCUAAACUCAAAAGCCCUGAGGGAUGAUCUUUACUUUGAGGUUGGCAGCCUGCUGGCUCUCUCUUUGGUUCAUGGGGGUCCUCCCGUGGGCUUCUUCUCUCCAGCACUGUACCAUAGUCUGUUCAACUACCCCACAAACUACAGGCCUGCUUUAGAAGACCUUGGAGACACUGCUUUAGCACACAAAAUCAGAAGGAUUGCAGGAGCAAACACCAUGAAGGAGUUGAAAUACGCAAUGCAUUCAGCAUCACAAUAUUUGGAAGCAGCCGGCUGCUGGCGAAAUAUCAGCAAGCUGUCUGAGAAAAACAUGUUGGUGGAGGAUGUUCUAAAUUUUUACCUGAUCAUCAGAGUACAGAUGCCUCUUCAGAGAUUUCGUGAGGGUCUGAGGACACUUGGACUGUUUGAGCGAGUUCAGAUGUGUGCAGAUGGUUUCUAUUCCGUUUUCUGUGGCCCCGUGGAAAGUUUGACGGCUGAAUCAGUUAUGGAGCUCUUUACUGCCCAAUUUUCAGAGGAGAAAGAACAACAAGCAAAGGAGAACACAACUUUAAGCUUUUGGAAUCAGUAUCUACAUGAGUGUGAGGAGGGCCGGUGUGCAGCAUCACUUGAGGAUGUUCUAAUGUUUGCCACUGCUACGGAUGUGGUUCCUUCCAUUGGAUUCAACCCUGCUCUGUCUCUUUCAUUCCUAAACUCGCAAGACCCUUCUUGUGCCUUUCCUCAGAGCAACUGUGACACCAAUCAUCUCGUUCUGCCAAUACUACCCUCUUAUGAGAUCUUCAAGAAGCACUUGGAUUACACUGUGUGUCAUUUUUCAGUUAUGCAGGCCACUUGAAGACACUCUUCCCAAUCUAUGGAUAUUUCAGUAUAUUAAUGGUGUUGAUUUAUCCAAUAAUCCCCAAUGGUGCUAAAUUUCUGUUUCUAUUUAUUGGGGUUAUUGAGUAUUGUUAUAUGAACUGUAUUUUUCAAUGUAGCUCACAUAAGCAUUACUUUGAUUACCAUGAUCACAGUUUGCUCAUUAUCCAAUUUAACCUUUCACAUUCAUCAGACGUUUCUAGCAGUUAUUUGGCAGUAAAUUGAAAUCCCUAAAUGGAGAACAUAGAUGAUGGUUUGGCUCUGUUACAGUUUACUAACAUUUACAGUUAUAACUGGAUUAUGAAAGAGCAAUUAUACGUUAGUCAGCUGUUGUCACAUUUCAUAGGAAUUCACUUGAGGACUUGAUUUGAGCUGUUAAAAAAAAAAAUGGGCCUCAGUAAUGAGGCAAUGCAAGUUCUUUACAUUCAUAGACUUGUGUUAAGGUUGUGUGUUCUUUGGGCAUUUUCAAAAGAAUAGUUGCAUUUUUUCCCAAUGAAGAGAAGUACUUUCUACUGUAAAUUUGGUCUUAUAGAGAGGUAUUAGAAGUUCUUGAAAACUAUUCAUUUAUUCAUAUGCAAGUACAUGAAUGGCUCUACAAUAUUGUCUUUGGUGUCAGAGCUGAUAUGCUACCAGCCGCACAUCUCAAAGGUGCACUGGUUUUCGUUAGUAGUGCAAAUAAAGUUUAUGCUGUUGAAUAGGUAGUGUUUUAUAUAUUCUGGCUACAGCACAUGUAUUAAUCAGAGAUUGGAAUUACAUUUUCACUCAACAACAGUAUACAGUAUAAAAACAGAUUGUGAUUUUCUGGUUGCCACAAGAUGGUGCAAUUGUUACUUGAUGCCAACACCCAGUUGGCCUACAAUGGAUAUGAAUAAGCAGUUGCUGAGUUCUAUGGUUUCAAUCAGUUUGUUACUGAGACCAAUGUAAGGAAUCAUACACGAGAAAUGUAUAUAUGUUUUCUUUGUAUAGUGUUCUAUUUUUCCUGGUUUUGUUUGAGAA